AUGUCUCUCCCGCCAACAACCCAAGAUAUUUCAGAACACCCCAAGGCAGGCUCUGUUGCCGCACCAACGGACAAGGCUGCUAAGGAGGCUGAUGUCUCCAGAAAGAUCAACCUUUACGGCGUGAUUGAAGCAUUUCGCCAAGGGCGUAUGCCAGAUAAUCAUCAAAUAGACGAAACAUUGCGGUAUUUGCUGAAGACAUCACCAGUGGACGAGAGCAAGUUGUCCUCAGACGGGCGAAAACUUGUUCAAGAUUUUCGUGAAAUUAUUGAAACUGCGCGUAUCAUAGUUGCCGAGAAAAAUGCCGAUGAACUUUUCCAGAAUUUUAUCUGGAAUACUCGCGAUAUUUCUCUUGACAGUGCAAAGAUGGACCCCAACGCAGUCGCAUCCGCCGAUCGCCCAAAAAUUGACGAAGAUCGCCAGACUGCUGUUCGCCAUCUACGCACUAUUCUUUCCCUUGUCCUCACCAAUUCCGAAGUCCGCAAGUUGCUUUCUGACUUUUCGGUCAUUGGACGAGACAUACUUGCCAAAGCAGCGUCGAAAGUCGCCGAGAGCCUACGUCCCGGCGAAGAAGAGCUUUCCCAUAUCGACGAGGCUGCUCCCCAAGAUGAGUUCGUUACCAGGGGCGGACGCAAAGCUGGCCCCGAUGAAACACCAGUUCUGGAGGCGAAAGUUCCCGGAACUGACACAGUCGUUACACAUCACCCCCGCGCUGAUGAUGUCACGGUAACAACAGGAGAUGGUUCGCAGAAAUCUGGGAAGCAGAUCGUUGACGAGGGCCGUGCUACUGUUGAUGUUGUCAAGGAUGAGGCCAAAGGCAAAGCGUCUGAGGCUCAGGAUAUCGCUCAAGAAAAAGUAGACCAAACUCGUCAGCAAGGGAACGUGGAACCCGCUGUACUUGACACUUCAUCUUCAGAUAACGAGAGCAAAAAACGGGGGUUUAAGGAACGCAUUCGCGGUUAUGCAGGUGGUAUGUCUGAACGUGUCCCCCAGAAGCACCGAGAAAAAGCCUCUGAACAGUUCGAGCGAGGACGCAAGUUCCUGUCAGAGGAGUACUUCCCUGUGGAGCGCCGUGAUCAGUUCAUCUAUCGUGGCAAGAAGGUCAUAAUUGAAUGCCAAAAGCACGAUGAUUACCAGGACGCCAUCAGAUGGCUCCUCGACGAAGUUGAGCGAUAUGCCUCCUACGGGAAAACUGCUGCUGGUCACGGCAAAGAACGCAGCAGUGCCAUCACGCAGGAUAGAGCACUUAAUGCUGCCAUGUCUGAGCUUCGUACCCUGCUGGAGCGCUUCGCAAACGGUCGCAGUAUGAGUAGUAUUUUUGACGCUUCUGAUGCUCUCAUCGAUGAUGCUCGUCGCGAUGACGAGUUUAGGAACUGGUUUCAUCGUUUGAACACGUACAUCCGCAAGGUCCUACUUGAGGCGGGCUUCGUGCUGGAAGAUGAUUGCAACCAUGAGGGCAACGGGAUUCUCGAGUCAGGUCGUCAUUUCUGGGACCACAAGUACAAAGAGCACUUCGACAACCUCUUUGAUGCUAUUGGAAAGUGGUUCUCGGCAAUGGGAGAAGACCCCUUGAAUAAACGUUUCGGCGAAGACUGGGCUCGAUUAACGCGUGACUUGCUGUUUGAUAGCGAAGGUAGUUUAAAGUUUAAGGCCGACCUCUGGAGCGAUAUCAGAAACCUCAUUUUACCUAUGAUGAUGAACGAGGUUGGAUAUUUGCCUAUUCCGCGUGUCGAAUACACGGACGAUGCGCUUGAUCUUGUUGUUGAAAACCUCACGUUUCAAGGACGCAACAUGUUCCCCAACAUUAUUUCCAUGGAGGCAUAUAACUUUUUCAAGUUCAGCCCGCAUGACGCUAUUCAAGAUGAACGGCAUCACGAGUUCACAAUCACACUUGCACAGAUCCAGGCGGAUAUGCGAGACGUUGCUAUUUAUUACCGCAGGAAGACCGGAUUCGCCAAAAUAAGGGACUCUGGCUUAGCGGACAUUGUCCUCGGUGGACGAGGCAUGACAGUGACUAUCCAUCUUGUUUCUGCCGACAGAGAUCGCAGCUCCGUCUUCAAAGUCAAGGAUGUGCACGUCAAGGUGGAUUCGCUGAAGUUUAGCAUCCGCGAUGCGAAGCACAGUUUCUUCUAUACGACCCUUAAACCUAUUGUGACAGCUGAAGUCAAGAAGCAUAUUAAGAAGGCGGUUGCACAGGCAAUCAGGACUGGUCUGGAAUAUCUUGACGGACAGAUUGUCACCGUGAGGGAUCGCAUGGAGGAGACAAAGACACAGGAGGAAUCGAGUCGCCGUCAGGUGUUACAAGAUCUGUUCAAGCACAAGAAGGAAGAAUCUGGAUCGAUCAAGACGUCGGAGAGCAAGUCUCAUUUCAAAGUUGUCCAUAACAAACGUGCUUCGAUGAUUCAAGAAGGACAUCCAUCCGGGUGGGUCAAUCGAACGACUGAACGCGAAGAGAAGGCGAAGGAGGGAAAGGAAUGGAGGAGCAACGCGUAA